AUGGGAGAGAAUGUCUCCGCUGUUCUACAAGGAGUCAAGAUGCCCGAAAAAUGCAAGGACCCAGAGCACAGGUCUUAUUGGGCUGUCAAGAAAUGUAAUAUGYGGCUAGAUGAUGCGGGAGUUCAAAGGAAGUUGCAGUUGCAAGAAUUGGAGGAAAUCAGAAAUGAUGCAUAUGAGAGCUCCAAGAUUUACAAAGAGCGGACCAAAGCUUUUCACGACAAGCUAAUCUCCCAGAAAGAGUUUGUGGUCGGGCAAAAGGUUUUACUUUUUCAUUCACGCCUAAAACUAUUUUCCGGUAAGCUUAGAUCAAGGUGGGUUGGUCCUUUUAUAGUUGUUAAGGUUUAUGCUCAUGGAGCAGUCGAUAUUGAAAGCCCGAAAACGUGUAAGUCGUUUAAGGUGAACGGGCAUAGACUGAAACCUUUUUAUGAAGGUUUUCAGUCUACGGACAUUGAUGUUAUGGCUCUUGAGCCACCGCCCGUUGUUAGUUAG